UAUUUCUCAUACUGGGAUGUGACUGAUCAUUGAACUUGCAACUAUUUCAUACUCUUAGAGCUAGUCUCAGUGUUCUCCAAGUUAUGCAUUCACAUCUGUUUCAGUUUCUCAUACUUUUUUGCUUGCUAGUCUCUAUUGCAUAUUUGUCUCUGUGUAUUUGUUACACUAAUUACAAAAUACAAUCUGGAUGAAAUUAUUUUUUUGAUGCAGUGCCUAACUUGACUAAUCAUGGCCAAACAGAUUGCACCAGGCGGUAGUGCUUUGACUUCUCUCCUAUUGUUCAGUCAGAGCCAUCGUGUAGAUGUAGAAGGCCUUGAGUUAAGCCAGAGAUCUAAAAAUGCUGUUGUGAUGGCAAAGAGGGAAGAAUUAAUUGAAAAUUCAAGUUGCAUAUCAUAAAAAAAUAACAGAUUGGCUUGGGAAUUGGAUGCAAACAGUGGGCUACCAUGGUUUGUGAGAUGGAGAAUGACCAUAUCGAGGACAUGGACAUUGAAAUCCUCCAUUCAAUGUGGCCUGAAGAUAUUGAAACCGAUGUUGGAAAAAAAUUUAAUAUAGAAAAGCCUGGAAAGGACGAAGACAUGUUGGAAGAGAUUAUAAUCAUGGAGGAGUCAACCAUAGUUGAUUUCAAGCGUCUCAUGGAGCUCACAAAUUAUACAGAUAAGGGCUCUUCUCAACUGUCCCACCUUGUGAAACACUUGGAGUAUAAGCAGGCCAAUGCUGUGCGCCUUCUUAGAGAAGAACUUGACAACCUAAGCAAACAGAGGCGAGAGGUUGAACUAAGGAAGUUGGAGAUAUUGGAGGAGCAUCGAUUUGAAGAAGGAGCGUAUGGGGACAAACGUACAGUUUCUAUUUUGGAUGACAUAUAUGAUAUAUGGCAAGAUGUACCACGUAGGAAAUGCAACGUUGUUGUUCAAAACAAGAUAAUUGAAAUAAAUGCUGAGUAUGAUACAACUGUGUAUUGGAAACAGCGGGCUCUGCAUUUGGAAAAAAUGCUGGAGGAAAGUGUACAAAGGGAGCAGAUACUUGCAGAGAAGUUGCAAGAAAGUAUAAAGAAUCUUGAAAAGCAGUCCUCACCUGUAGAAGAACUGUCCCAGAUUCUGAAAAGAGCAGAUAAUUUCUUACAUUUUGUACUCCAGAAUGCACCUGUGGUUAUUGGUCAUCAGGACAAAGAGCUGCGAUAUCGAUUUAUCUAUAAUCAUUUUCCAAGUUUGCACGAGGAGGACAUCAUUGGAAAAACAGAUGUUGAAAUUUUUACAGGAUCUGGCGUUAAAGAAUCUCAAGAUUUUAAGAGAGAAGUUCUAGAAAAAGGCUUGCCUGCGAAAAGGGAAAUUACUUUCGAGACAGAAUUAUUUGGGUCAAAGACAUUCUUGAUUUAUGUAGAACCUGUCUUCAGCAAGACGGGGGAGACGCUAGGAAUAAACUAUAUGGGAAUGGAUGUCACCGAUCAGGUGAGAAAAAGAGAAAGGAUGAUGAAGAUCCGGGAAGAAAUCGCGGUUCAGAAAGCCAAGGAGACAGAACUGAAUAAAACCAUCCACAUUACAGAGGAGACUAUGAGAGCAAAACAAAUGUUGGCAACCAUGUCUCAUGAGAUAAGAUCCCCAUUGUCUGGGGUUGUUAGCAUGGCUGAAAUUCUUUCUAGGACAAAACUUGAUCGCGAGCAAAGACAACUCUUGGGUGUCAUGCUAUCUUCAGGAGAUUUGGUUCUUCAACUUAUAAAUGACAUACUUGAUCUUUCCAAGGUUGAGUCAGGAGUUAUGAAGUUAGAAGCAACCAAGUUCCGGCCAAGAGAGGUAGUAAAGCAUGUACUCCAGACUGCUGCAGCUUCACUGCGGAAAAAAUUAACAUUAGAAGGACAUGUAGCAGAUGAUGUACCUGCUGAGGUGAUUGGAGAUGUUUUAAGGAUUCGGCAAAUCCUCACAAAUUUAGUCAGCAACGCCGUCAAGUUUACUCAUGAAGGCAAGGUUGGUAUAAAUCUUUACGUUGUGCCAGAGCCAUCUUUUUCUAAAGCAGAAGCAAGCCUCCAGAAGACUAGUAUAGACCAGUCUAGUAUUCGCGGGAAUGGAGUAGAAGAUAAGUUUCUCUCAACACCUCAAAAUAGCAGUAACCAAAAUCAUGCAUCGAGUGAUGAAGAUAGAUCUUCAGUUAAAAGCGAAUGCUUAAUGAAUGGAGGUACUGAGGAGCAGCCUCGCUCAACUGAAACAACAGUGUGGAUACGUUGUGAUGUCUAUGACACAGGAAUUGGAAUACCAGAGAAGGCUCUACCUACUUUAUUUAAAAGGUACAUGCAAGUCAGUGCAGACCAUGCAAGAAAGUAUGGUGGGACAGGGCUGGGACUAGCAAUAUGUAAACAACUGGUUGAGUUAAUGGGUGGUCGUCUUACUGUGACUAGCAAAGAACACAGUGGUUCUACAUUUACCUUCAUAUUGCCAUACAAGAUUUCAACGAUUUGUGAUCAUUCUGACGAGCCCUCAGAUACAGAGGAUGAUGAUGAUGCUGCAUCCGAUGAUACAACAGAGGGCUUCUUCCAAUUUCAACCAGCCACUUCGGGCUCUCUGUUCUCCUCCUAUGGAUCUAGCAGGACCCAGACGUUAUUACCUCAAAAAAUUGGGUGUGCAACCUCGCAUAAAUUCAAUGGAUUUUCAGAGAAUUCAUACUCAGUUUCCUCUAAUGAUGUCAAAUCGAAGGAAAUAACUUCAGUUGAGGGUGUAUCCUCAAUAACUGAUUGCCCGGAUAUAUCUGAAUGUGCAUGUUCAUCGGGUCAUGGCCCAGAGAUAGAGGACGAAAAUGUAAAUACAAGAAACAAAUCAGGGAAUGACAGUGCGCAUUCUUCCUAUCACACGGAAGUUGAUCAAGGUCGGGCAACUAUAGCAACAAUGUCAAGAGAACAAGCACAUCAGAGUCAAGAAAGAGCAGAGAUUGUCUCGCAAUGCGUCACUGGCAGCAGUUCAGAAGUAGCAAAACCAAAUUUAACACCUAAGAUCCUUCUCGUUGAGGAUAACAAGAUCAAUGUCAUGGUGACACAGUCAAUGAUGAAGCAAUUAGGUCAUAGCAUGGAUGUUGUGAAUAAUGGAGUGGAAGCUGUACGUGCAGUUCAGCGCCAGAGUUAUGACCUAAUUCUUAUGGAUGUGUGCAUGCCAGUUAUGAAUGGUCUGCAAGCAACAAAACUGAUUCGUUCUUUUGAAGAAACGGGUAACUGGGAUGCUGCAAGAGAAGUUGGAAUUGAGCUAAAUCCACCAGCUUCAUGUUUGCAUAAUAAUGAAAUUUGUUUACCUGCCGCCAAGUCGAGCCACAUCCCCAUUAUUGCGAUGACAGCAAAUGCUUUGUCAGAGAGUGCUGAAGAGUGUUUUGAAAAUGGUAUGGAUUCAUUUGUAUCAAAACCUGUGACUUUCCAAAAAUUGAAAGAAUGUAUUAAACAGUACCUACAGUGACAUCCUUGUAAAUUUUUGCCUGUGCAUAAAAGAAUAAUAGCCUAGGAAAGUUUUGUAACGAACACAUCAAGUUCUACAGCAUCAUGAAUGUCUACAGAAAA